AUGGUAUCAGAAACAUCGGUUAAGAAGCGCAAGAUACCCGCCGACGAGCAUUAUAACGAGGAGCACCACGCCACGUCAAAAGAUGGACUGGCGCACCCAAACAAGGCACACAACACAGUCAGGACCCACGAGGAAGAGGAGAAACUGAAGACCACCGAGGAAGGCUCUUGGAGAAACAACCCGCCGUACCGCACCCACGACGAGAACGAGACAUGUGAGAAGAAACACACUGCGCAGUGCAAAUGCGGAAGGAUCAAGUACUGGCUGUCGCGAGAGAAGCCAUUGGCUAGCAAGUUCUGCCAUUGCAAGGAUUGCCAGUCUCUCCACGGCGCACCGUUCCAGUGGGCCGCUGUCUUCGAGAAGAAUGAUUUACACUUCGAGAACGGGGCUAAAGGCCUUGCUUUCUAUUCUUCAGAGAAGAACCACACGCACCAUGAUCUGCCUUGCAAAGUCAGCUGUUCAUACUGCCACGCCCCUAUUCUGGACGAGGGUCGCAACAUGGUGUUGAUAUUCCCGGCCAUUAUCAAGUUCGUUAGUCCCGAGGCCAAGAAAGCGUUCGACCCGACAAUGCAUAUCUUCUACUCGAGACGUGUAGUCGAUAUUAAGGACGGCAAGCCGAAGUGGAGUGAACUGGACAAGCAGAGCGAAUUGAUCAAGGACGUAGACUAG